UAUUUUUGGACGGGUUCUUUGUUGUUUCUCCUUGAUCAGCGCUGGGACCUGUCUAUCAUCAUCAUAUAUAGUGGUUCAGACGACGACAACUCGAAGCUUGAUCGCGUUGGCGAUGGAUAGACGGGACAUGAACAGUGGAGUACGGUUCUGUCGAUGGCGGGUCGAGUUGCAGUCAUUCUUUUGGAUCAUCGAUUCCAUUCCUCUCUCGGUUAUGCGUCGUCAUCAUCUUCCAUCCUUCAUUGUCCUCGAAACUUGUAGUAGACGCUACCAACGCCAUAAAGGACUCGGCCCCAGGCAUCGUGAGUCUUUUGUAACAGUCCAUGCUGAGGGCGUUUCUGGUUAUGCCGUUGUUCCGGCCGGUCUGCCGAAGUCCGGUGAUAGUGGCCGUCGUGGUACACGAGUUCUCCCGGCAUCGUUAUCCGUAUUGUUUAUCGUAUGUAUUGUUAUUUUUAAUUAUUUGUGGACUUGGUUCAUGUGAAUUGCGUGUUCCGCAAGUUUUCUAUUCCCAGAGCCCGUGCUAGAGACCUCGCCCUGUUUAAAUAAUUCUCCUUAGCGUAGGGCGAUCUGAUGGUUGUCAACCUCUUGAGGCGCAUACCAGGCCGAUGACUCUAAUUGCACUUCACCUGCUCAAUUAUUGCAUCAAUUCUUCCAUCACUUGCCAUUCAACUCAACGAGCCGUCAGCAUUUGACCUCUCAUAUGCAUCAAAAGGUCCAGCGCCGCUGAAGGGGUCCCACCACCGGCCGAUCAUGCGACUUAAUCGCCGUCUCGGUCGGCUGUAGGGUGGCAAAUAUCACCCUUCACGGCUGAGUUUCUUUCAUACUUGCGUCACGCCUAUGAAAUCUCAGCCUUGGCCCGUGGCUUGGCAAUAAAGACUUGCGAAAAUCUUGUCUAAUAUCACAAAGUGUUUCGUGGUGGUUGUCUGUCUGUGAAGAAUAAACUUGCUUUAAUGCGGACCGCAAAGUGGUGGAUGAAGGAUGGAUGCUGAUGCUGGUAGCAAGGUCAAAGAGCAGAAGACACAAAGAUCAAGAGAUAGUAACAAGAUAGACAAAGAAAGAGCAUACAUUUCAACAGAUGAAGUUCUUCCUUUCGUAGGAGAUUUCCUGCAGACUCAGCCUUAAGAAUGUGAAGAUGAGUGCUCUUACACGAGUCUUGGCAUCGUCAGAUCCUGGCAAUGAUCAUUAACUUCGUCAUCUAUUAGAAGGGACCUCGAAGAUGUCUCUACUGUAGACUUCCCAACAUCAAGUCUUGUGUCAGGUGAUAAGGAGCAUGAGGCUGAGAUGUUUCAUCAUUGACAAUGGCUCAAGUACCCAGCUUUAGAGCGUUCCUCCUUCGCGAAAUGAUCUAGUGCGAUACAGGGAUACACUACGGAAUACAUUGAUGCACCCACUGAUCGUUUCGAGACAGGCGAUAUCGCGUGCCGCCUCUCACUACUCACAAUCUUCGAACAGGCGUCACUCAGCCACUGUCACAUGAUAUCGCCAUGGAUGCGUCUUCAAGUGCAUAUGGAAUAUUGUGUAACCUUCAUAAUCUACGCCGAUACACUGGUAAUACAUGUUUGUGUCAUUUGACUGGAUGAGGCCGAAUACUCUUCGUAUCUCUCUGCAGAAAGAUGAAAAUCCUUGACUGGCAGAACUGAAUGAGAGAGUCCUAGCAAUUAUGCCAAGUUUAUUUUUUACGCCAUCAUGACAACCUACAGACAGUAAAUCGAUAUCAGAUCGCCAAUGUCCGCUUGUCGCCGAACGUUGGUGAUAAGCUUGCCAUCUCUUUGUAACGCAGAUUAGCCGUGCUGAAUGGUGGAUGGUGAAUCUACCUGGUAAUCUCAUAUUGCGGUAAAUCUAAUUAAUUGAAGAAAUGCACAGAUUGUUGCGAUGUGCCCU